CGUGCUAGCGAUAGACGGCGAAUUGCUUUGCAUGUGGCACAUCCCAGUCGCAGGCUCGCAGUCUCCGCUUCAACACGUUAUCAAAUUGUUCAGUCGGAGCCCGCCGAGGAUUCUGGAGGAUUGUGGAGGCUGGGCGUCGCAACAGCUGCUGACCGGAGAAGCCCAAGCCCGGGCGUAGUGUUCCCGAUAGGCGGCUGGGGGUCGAGGCAGAUCGAUGAAAGAAGCCAUGCCGGUCCUGUCCGCAGGAACAGGAUUGCACGAGACGUUGGCUUUGCUCACCUCGCAGCUUCACCCCGAUGCCAACCGGAAAGAAGACAUGGGCUUCCUGAAAGACGUCUUCAGCGAAAAGAGCCUGAGCUAUCUGAUGAAGAUCCAUGAAAAGCUGCGACAGUACGAGCGACAAAGCCCCACUCCGGUCCUCCACAGCGCCGCCUCUCUGGCAGACGAUGUGGCAGAAGAGCUCCAGAGUGGGCCCAUGAGCGUCGAUGAGAAGGAGCUUCUCCAGCUAUUGACGGGUCCACAUCUCAAGGCGGUCCUCACCGUCCAUGACACAGUCGCACAGAAGAACUUUGAUCCGGUGCUCCCACCGCUUCCAGACGACUUUGAGGACGAACUUGAAGAGGAGUCUGUGAAGAUCGUGCGGCUGGUCAAGAACAAAGAGCCUCUGGGAGCAACAAUCCGACGUGAUGAGAGCACAGGCGCCAUCGUGGUGGCCAGGAUCAUGCGAGGUGGAGCUGCCGACCGCAGUGGCCUUGUCCAUGUUGGUGAUGAGUUGAGGGAAGUCAACGGUGUCUCCAUUGUGCAGAAGCGGCCAGACGAGAUCAGUCAGAUCCUGGCCCAGUCUCAGGGGUCCAUCACACUGAAGAUCAUCCCGGCGAUAAAAGAGGAAGACCGGCUGAAGGAAAGCAAGGUGUUCAUGAGGGCCUUGUUUGACUACAUCCCCUUGGAAGACAAAGCCACUCCCUGCCAGGAGGCCGGCCUGCCCUUCAAGAAAGGGGACAUCCUGCAGGUGGUGAGUCAAGAUGACCAGACCUGGUGGCAGGCCAAGAGAGUGGGAGACCAUAACCUGCGAGCUGGCCUCAUCCCCUCCAAGCAGUUUCAGGAACGACGACUUGCCUACAGGAUAAAAAUGGGCACCCUGCAGACCCCCUGCUCCCCCCGACGGCCGCUAUAUGACCAGGCCUGUGAUAAAGAGGACUGCGACUGUGAAGGCUACUUCAAUGGACAGUACAUAGCGGGACUGCGCCGGAGUUUUCGCCUCAGCAGAAAGGAGAGGCAGGCGGCACAAAACGAAGCCAAACAGACGGAGCCCGCCGAGCCGGAGAUCCUGAGCUAUGAGGAGGUCACGCAGUACCAGAUGCACCCCAGCGAGCGACCUCGGCUGGUCAUUCUCAUCGGAUCUCUGGGGGCGCGGAUCAAUGAGCUCAAGCAGAAGGUGAUUGCCGAGGACCCCCAGCACUACGGAGUGGCCGUCCCUCACACCACAAGGCCCAAGAAAAGCCAGGAGAAGGAAGGGGUGGAAUAUCACUUUGUGUCCAAGCAGACGUUUGAAGGGGACGUCCAGAAUAACAAAUUUGUCGAACACGGAGAGUACAAGGACAACCUGUACGGCACGAGCCUGGAGGCCAUUCGCAGCGUCCUCACCAAAAACAAGCUAUGCCUGGUGGACGUCCAGCCAGAGGCGCUGAAAAUCCUACGGACAGAAGAGUUUAAGCCUUAUGUCAUCUUUGUGAAGCCACGUCUGCUGGAGGGGCGCCGGAGACGCAGCGCUGGUGCAGGAGAGCAGGAAGAGGAGCAGCAGGAAAUGCGCCAGUCAGCCAUCUUCAUCGAGGAGCAGUACGGGCAUCUGGUAGACAAGGUGCUGGUGAAGGACGACCUGUCUAACGCCUGCUUGGAGCUCAAGAGCAUCCUUGAGAGGCUGGAGAGGGAGCCCCUCUGGGUACCAGUUAGCUGGGUUCGGCCCUGAAGACCACCAGCUCACCGCCCCCGGAGGUCCCGUCUCUGUCCAGAUGUCCUGCCCGGGUCGAGGGGAGGCUCGCCGACUCUGCACAAUUGUCUUUAUUUUUUCAUGAUCUCGCUGAACACACAAGCAAUAUUUCAUUUGAUGAAAGCUUUCAGCACUGGGACAAAUAAAAACCUUUUUAUGCAGAUUGAACAGU